AUGGAGGAACUAAACUGUCUUUUGCAGGAGCAUCUUGAUGACCUCCUGAAGCCUGGCGAGGCGUUUGACUGGGCAGAAGAGGUAGAAGAGUCCCUCACUGACUACACAUCCGACGACGAACACUCCACCUUCAUGACCGACUCCACCACGUUCUCAGAUACAACCUCCGCCCACUCCUCCGAGAUGCACGUACCAGACGACAUCCGGGCAGAAGGGGUAGAAGAGACCCCCACAGUCGAGGUUCACGUACCAGACGAUAUCCAGGCAAACGUAUACAAUGAGUCCUUCUACAUUGGUUGCAACCCAUCAGACCCGUACCCUAGACCAGAACGUUUCAAGCCAAGCCUCUACACGAUUGACGAACUUGAUGAGUUACUGAUGGAGGAGAACCAAGAGCCAGACAUGACUGAUGUCCCGGGGUCAGACGAUGAAAUCGAGGAUCUGUUCACACAAAUUGAAGCCCACCUGAAUUCUGAGCCCGACAUGACGGAUGUCCCAGCGUCAGAAGGUGAAAUCAAGGAUCUCUACACACAAAUCGAGGCCCACCUGGAUGCUGAGCCCGACACGACCGAUGUCCCGGUGUCGGACCGUGAUAUCAAGAAUCUCUAUACACAAAUCGAGGCCCACCUGGAUGCUGAGCCGCAUGAACCCUCUCCACCUCCGCCUUACGACGACGGGCCCACUCGAUCCUCUAAACCGCCCAAAUUGAAGUCGAAGAUUGCGAGGCUCAUGCGUGUGGGCAUAUCGGAGUGUUUUCGUUGGGUUUAUACACUUUUGGAACCUGUAUUACCUUAA